CUACUACCAAAGCAGGAAAUGUGCCCAGAAAACAACCUAAUAGGACGUUAAAUCACUAAAAAAAUCAGCGAUGCAGUGUUUGUGUAACGGAAUUAAUCGUUUAUUAAGACUGUGGAUGGUCUCUGUGUGUCUUUUCAUAAACCAUGGAUUCGCCGGUAAAAUGAAGAUUGUAGAGGAGCCAAACACAUUUGGGUUGAAUAAUCCUUUUGUGGGUCAGGGAAGCAGACUACAGCCUAAAGUCACCCCAUCUCCAGUAUCUGGCCCUGCACACUUUCAUCGGCUUACUGGAAAGUGCUUCAGCCUCACAGAGUCAAUGUACAAAUAUGAAUUUUGUCCAUUUCACAACAUUACCCAACACGAGCAGUCCUUUAGAUGGAAUGCCUACAGUGGGAUACUGGGGAUCUGGCAGGAGUGGGAAAUGGCAAACAACACUUUCACUGGCAUGUGGAUGAGAGACGGGGAUACUUGUGGAACAAGAAACAGGGAAACAAAGGUGAUUUUUGUCUGCAGCUCAAGCACCAAGCUUGCCCAAGUCUCAGAGCCCAGCACCUGUGUGUACUCGCUAACCUUUGAGACCCCGCUUGUUUGUCAUCCACAUUCCCUGUUAGUGUAUCCGACACUGAGUGAGACGCUCCAAAGGGAAUGGGAUGAAGCUGAGCAGGCUCGCUAUGAAGGUCUUAUAACUGAGCAGGGUUACAACAAUCUUUUGAGGGAUAUUUUUGAGGACGCUGGUCUCCUGAAGAGCCAAAAAGUGAAGAUAAAGCCACCAGAAGUUGCAGCUGAAUCAAGAGCACACAAUUCACUACAGAAAUGUACAGAGGAUUACCAAAAACAGAGAGAAGAGAUUGAGAGACUCCGAGCUCUCCUCACUCAACACAAUAUUCCCUUUGAUUCACAGCAAGAUGAGGCAAAAAGCACAGUGAGUGCAACAGUUAAGGAGCAACAUGCACGGGGAGACAACGGCCUGAUUGAUUUGCUGUGAAUAUGAGCACGUCACCUCCCACAGUGGGUCUGAAGAUUUUGUUGAUCAUGAGUGACGCAGACACUCGCUGGACAAUAUUGCUGUCACUGGUGAUGGCACGAAAGGUUAAUUUAUAUAAGUGACACUGAGAAAAAAAACUCAUUUGUGGAUAAACUUGUCAGACUUUUGCACUUUUGACUUUUUGAGGUGUAACAUCACUCAGCUGCCUCUCUUGAGGACUUCCUGUCAGUCUUGUUAAUGUAUCAAAUACUGUUAUCAUGCGACCAUAUUGAGAAAAACAUUUUUAAUAAAGUUUUAAGAGAGGCAAAACGUUUUAAGUAUAUAUGUCUCGGUAUUUAAGUCUCUAGGUUUACAAACAUCUUACAUGAAAAAAGUUGAUUCUCAAAAAACUUGUUACUGGGGCCUUUUUUGUUUCCUGAUCUGUAUUUGACUGGUGCACUGAAAAUCUGGAUGUCUUGCGCCAAGUAGGAGAUACAUUUUUGAAGACAUCAUAGAAUAGCUGGAUUAUUUUUUUCUUCAAGGACAUAACAUUUCAUGAAAUAAUUGGUAUGUUUUAUUUGUGUCACACUGAAAGGGAAAAGUAUUGCAAAAAAUCUUAACAGAUAGGCUUAUGUUGUUAUUUGUGCCUUUAUACAGUUAGAGGAACUAAAAGUCUUUGAAAUAUGACUUGUACUGUAUUUGGGUUUAUUUUUAUACAUCUAGGAAGUGAUAUCAGCAGCCCUCGCUUACAUAUAGAGAAUCAGUUUCCUUCCUGAAAAGUUAAGAACCUGAAUUAAGAGUCAAAACAUGCAUAUGCCCUCCUUGAUGCUGCAACCUGAACUGGCAGCUGAUUUGGUACCUACUGCACUGCAUAUGUGUGUUUAUGGCAUAAAUGAGGUCUGAAUUAUGGGAACAACUAUUUGAAGUGAAGCUACAUGUGAGAAGAAAGGUUCAGAAUGGGUCCAUGCUAAGCUCAACAUUAGGUAGAAAUGCACAAACACACAUCUAAGGGCAAUAAACUACUGAGCUGGAAAGGGGAGGAGAACCAAAACAUUAUCAUGCUCAUACCUGGAGCAGAUGAGAAAAGUUAUUCUCCUCAGUGACAUCCCAGAUUAUGGGCUUUAACAGGCACAAACAUGUCUAGACUACAAACAUUCCUGAGACUCCUCACUGCAGCAGUCGCCCAGCUGUCUGUUGCAUCUUUGGAGGAUCAACAUCUGUCAUCAGUCCAGAAAAGAGAAACUGAAUUCUGAAUUCUUUACAUCUGGAG